UAUAAAUGGGGUUGCACCUUGCCGUCAUGUUGUUGUAGCAACCAUCUCUUUAUUUGGCUUUGCAAGCUCGUAGCAUAUCUUGUUACUUGUGUAACACUUUUAAAGGUUUUAACGCCAUGUCCCUUCAUUGGUUUGAACAUCAUUGUGUUUAAAUGCAAUACCUCCCGAGCGUUAGCAGCUAGAUCGGCUAACCAGGUGUUCCGGUCAGACGGCCGAUGAUAAAUAAGUACUCCUACUAAUAAUAAUAAUAAUAAUAAUAAUAAUAACUACUACUACAAUAUAUUAUUGAAGCAAUACAUAUCACCCGCGCUCCACUCCAACUAUGGCGGUGAUCAGCAGCCUGGUUCCAGCCAGGUUCCUCACCAUCACCUCUCAUCUGGUGAUCGUCAUCACCAUCUUCUGGUCAAGGGACAACAAUGUCAAGGCAGGCUUACCUUUGGAUUUCAGUCAGGAACAAUAUGACAAAGAAGAUGCCAACUUGGUAGUUGGAUUGUCGGUCACCUUGGGCCUGUUUGCGAUAGAGUUGGGAGGCUUCUUCUCCGGGGUGUCCAUGUUCAACUGCAGCCAGGGACUUCUGUCCCUGGCCGUCCACUGCAGUGCAUCCGUCUCCUUGUCAUUCUUUGUCUUUCAACAGUGGGAAUGCCAGACAUAUUGGGUUAUAUUUUCCAUCUGCAGCGUGCUUCCUGCAUUAGUGGAGAUAAUGCUGUGCAUUGCAGUAUUUGGAAUGAAGAAGAAGCCACUAUAACAGUUAUUAAAAAAAUGACUAUGAUACAGUUGAACAUGAUGCAUCCCAUUAGCCGGCAGGUAUCCCACUGUGUGGAUGAACAUUUAGUUAGCAAUGGGUAGGCAACUGCGAUGUUAAAGAUAGAUGAUAUAUUUUUACUAGGGUAUGUAGUAUGUAUAUGUUGAGAACAAUUUGUGACUUCUUUGUAGUUUUGUGUUUUGUCGUUAAAGCCUAUUUUAUAUAUUUAGGAGUUUAUUUGUAUAAUCUUUUGACAGUAUAAUUUCAAAUCUGGUGUCCCCUGAAAUAAAGUUUUGCAGCUAGGCUCAAUCAAUGAAAUGGUCAGUCUUUUAUUUAGACUAAAGUCUAAAGCAUACCAGCAUUAACUGGCAUUGGUGCCUUUUUAUAAACCCUGCUGAUUUAUAUUUGUUUAAUCUUUAUUUACCAAGGGAGGUGUAGGCUUGUUGAGCAUCAGUGUUUUGCUUCCAGCAGUAUCCUGCUUAAAUGUGUGACUUUUGAGGUGGGGAGGAAUUUUCUGAACAAAUGCAAUUUCUGCACAAGUUGAGUUUGCUUCAAUCAAAAUAAUUGAUUGAAGUUUACCUUGCAAAGAAUGCACUUUUUCUUUCAAUAUGUUUAUGCUCCAUAGUGUAUCUUACAGGAUCAAUAGAAACAAUAACAAAUAUUUAUGGGAAUACAUACAAUGUGAGAUGCUUUACAGGAAAAUUAGUUGCUAAAUAAAUCAUGUACAUCUGUGA